GCCCGGAGCCCGGAGCCCGGAGCGGGCUGGGGAUCGGCGUUCUCGCCCUUAGGAAGUGGGCGCGCUGGAGCAGGAGCUUGGCGGGGAGCUGGAGCGGCGGUGCAGGUGGUGUUAGGUCCGAAACACAUUGCUGAAGUCCGCAUCCCUGAGGGUAUCGGAGGGAGGCCUUUGAUGGCAGUGGACAGCUGCCCCCGUCCCUUACCCSCAGCCCAAGGGGCAGCUGCCUGUGGGUCCCUUUCUACCACCACGUCCACCUUUUGCAGAUCUGGGAACUCCUCCUCGAAGAGUUGCCCUCGAGGCCCUUGGCCAGGCCUGAGCCUCUGCUGCCAUGGCCAUUGUGCACACUCUGCCAGUGCCACUGGAGCCAGCUCCUGAGGCCACAGCUGCCCCACAAGCUCCCACCAUGGGCAGCGUGAGCAGUCUCAUCUCUGGCCGGCCCUGCCCUGGGGGGCCAGCUCCUUCUCGCCACCACGGCCCCCCUGGGCCCACCUUCUUCCGCCAGCAGGAUGGGCUGCUACGGGGUGGCUAUGAGACACAGGAACCACUGUGCCCAGCUGUGCCCCCCAGGAAAAAUGUCCCCGGCACCAGCUUCACCUACAUCAAUGAGGAUUUCCGAACAGAAACACCCCCCAGCCCAAGCAGUGACAUUGAGGAUACACGAGAGCAGCGGGCACGCAGUGCCCACCUCCGUGGUCCCCCACCAAAGCUCAUCCCUGUCUCUGGAAAGCUGGAGAAGAACAUGGAGAAAAUCCUGAUCCGCCCAACAGCCUUCAAGCCAGUGCUGCCCAAACCUCGAGGGGCACCCUCCCUACCUAGCUUCCUGGGUCCUCGAGCCACAGGGUUGUCUGGGAGCCAAGGCAGCCUGACACAGCUGUUUGGGGGCCCUGCCUCCUCCUCCUCCUCUUCCUCCUCUUCCUCUGCUGCCGACAAGCCCCUGGCAUUGAGUGGCUGGGCCAGUGGCUGCCCCUCAGGGACUCUAUCUGACUCUGGCAGAAAUUCUUUGUCCAGCCUGCCUACCUACAGCACCGGGGGUGCUGAACCAGUCACCACCUCCCCAGGGGGGCACCUGCCCUCCCAUGGUUCUGGGCGGGGGGCAUUGCCUGGGCCAGCCCGAGGGGCCCCUACUGGGCCCUCCCACUCAGACAGUGGCCGGUCCUCCUCCAGCAAGAGCACAGGCUCUCUGGGGGGACGUGUGGCUGGGGGGCUCUUGGGUAGUGGUCCCAGGGCCUCCCCUGACAGUUCCUGUGGGGACCGCUCCCCGCCACCCCCACCCCCACCUCCCCCUUCGGAUGAGGCCCUGCUGCACUGUGUCCUGGAAGAAAAGCUCCGAGACCGAGACCGUGACCGUGAGGCAGAUCUGCAGCAACUGCGGGACAGUCUGGAUGAGAGCGAGGCCACCAUGUGCCAGGCAUUYGGGGAGCGACAGCGACACUGGCCUCGAGAACGUGAGGCCCUGCGUGAGGACUGUACAGCCCAGGCACAGCAGGCCGCACAGCGAGCCCAGCGCACCCAACAGCUGCUGCAGCUGCAGGUGUUCCAGCUGCAGCAAGAGAAGCGCCAGCUGCAGGAUGACUUUGCACAGCUGCUGCAGGAGCGUGAGCAGCUAGAGAGGCGCUGUGCCACCUUUGAGCGGGAGCAGCGGGAACUUGGACCACGGCUGGAGGAGACCAAGUGGGAGGUGUGCCAGAAGUCAGGCGAGAUCUCCCUGCUGAAGCAGCAACUGAAGGAGUCUCAGGCAGAGUUGGUACAGAAGGGCAGCGAGCUGGUGGCACUGCGGGUGGCACUGCGGGAGGCCCGGGCUGCUCUGCGGGUCAGUGAGGGCCGAGCCCGGGGCCUGCAGGAGGCAGCCCGAGCCCGGGAGUUGGAGCUGGAGACCUGCUCCCAGGAGCUACAGCGCCACCGCCAGGAGGCCGAGCGGCUCCGAGAGAAGGCCGGACAGUUGGACGCUGAGGCAGCUGGACUCCGGGAGCCCCCUGUACCACCUGCCACGACUGAUCCAUUCCUCCUGGCAGAGAGUGACGAGGCCAAGGUGCAGCGGGCAGCAGCUGGGGCAGGAGGCAGCCUGCGGGCCCAAGUGGAGCGGCURCGGGUGGAGCUACAGCGAGAACGACGGCGAGGCGAAGAGCAGAGGGACAGCUUUGAGGGGGAGCGACUGGCCUGGCAGGCCGAAAAGGAGCAGGUGAUCCGCUACCAGAAGCAGCUGCAACACAACUACAUCCAGAUGUACCGGCGCAACCGGCAGCUGGAGCAGGAGCUGCAGCAGCUCAGCCUGGAGCUGGAGGCCCGUGAGCUCGCUGACCUGGGCCUGGCUGAGCCAGCACCUUGCAUCUGCCUGGAGGAGAUCACUGCCACCGAAAUCUAGGACUCCAGCUCCACAGUGAGCUUCCCUGAAGGGGCCAGGAGCCACAGGUCCACUCAGACCCCAGGACCCAGUGAGCAUCCCCAAGUCUUAGGGUCUCAGAGCCGCUUGUCUUCCAGGGUACAAGCCUCUAGGCCUCCGCUAAGAACUUGGGUGUCCCUGACUUGGAGGAGCAAGAUCAGACCCCUUGAACGUCCCCCAUGUUCACUUUAUCCAGAGGCUCCUACUAUUCUGCCCAUCUCACUCCCCAGCUGCUGCCAGUGCCACCCCACCAGUUCUGUUUGUCCCAGAUGCUUGACAGCCCUUUCCAGCCAUUGGAGCUGGGAAGAGGAAGGGGCUUCCUCAUCUCCACAUUCUCCCCACCCCAAAGCCAGAGAGAGCCAGAUGGCACCAGCUGCUCCAGAUGUGCCUGCCCCCACCUUGGCCAUGUUGGGGGACAGGGCUGGAACUGGGGUCUGAUCCCCAUGUCCCAGCUCUGCAGCCUCCCUCCUGGGCUGAGGGGGCUGAAGUCAGACCAAAGGAAGAACUCAGAAAUGUCUUGUUUAUUUGUGUUUGUGACCAAGCAGCCCUUCCCGACACCCAGGUUUAUGGCCUUGUUUUCACUUGUAUAUUUUUCACACUGUAAAUKUCUUGUACAAACCCAAAGAAAAAAUUAAAAAAAUUUUUUUUGGUU